AAUUUAAAAUCAUUUCCAUAGGUCAUGAGCGAAUUGUUGAAGUGCUACUUAAAAACGGUGCAAAUGUCAACGAUAGAAAUGACUACGGAGAAAAUGCCUUGUAUUUGGCUUCGCGUAAAAAAAAUAGGAAAAUCAUUGAACUUCUAAGUAUGCGGCCCUCAGAAAAUGCCUGUUUCCGACAUUCAACGGAUCGUAUAAUAAUUGGUGAAUUGGUCCCAGACGAUGAAAAUCCACUGAUUUUUGUAUUUGCAAGAAAUUAUUCAGGGGAUCGUAGUUUGAAUGGUGAAUUAGCCGAAAAUAAUGAAUUCCCUUGGAUGGCAGCAUUGGUCUAUUUCGACGAGGAUUAUAAGGUGUCCUUCGAUUGUGGUGGUACAAUCAUUUCAAACAAAUUUGUGCUGACGGCAGCACACUGUGUGAGUCAGCGACAACCGACAAUGGUCCGUAUGGGAAAGGUGUCUUUGAAAAAUGGAAAUAACGACGUAAUUAAAGCAACCAAUCAUGAAAUUGAGGAGAUCAUCGUUAAUCCGCUUUAUGAUCUUGACACGAAAGUGAAUGACAUUGCUUUGAUUCGGGUAAAAAACACAAUCCAAUUUUCAAGUUACAUUGGGCCAGCUUGCUUACAAACUAAUUUAGAUGACAUACCAUCGGAUGUGAAGCUCACUGUAACCAGCUGGCGAGCUAUAUCACCUGAAUAGAAUGUGCAAUCAGAGUCCCUGCUCAAAACGGAAUUGAUUACGAUGCCACUAUCGGAAUGCAACGCAACAAUGAUGGAAUGGAAUCGAGAGCCAAAUUUGCCAACCUAUCGAAACGGUCUGAUUGAAGGACAGUAUUGUGCACAUGACCCUCAAGGAAAAAACGACACUUGCUACGGAGACACUGCUGGGUCAUUGCAAUAUUUCCCCCACAAUGAAACAUCGCUGGCCACGGUGGUUGGCAUUGCAUCGUUUGGUCAAAGCUGUGGUCUUGCUCUACCAACCAUUUUCACUAGGGUCGCAUAUUACUUGUACUGGAUCGAAAGAGUCGUUUGGCCCAAUGUAUAAGGCAACCAAAUGAUUUGAAUUUGGAUGAACGAAAACACUUUUAAUGAAUAAUUUUUUUUAGUUCUCUUACUCAUUCACCCAAAUGUAUAUGAUUUUUUGAACAUUUUUUUAAUUCAAUAAAAUGAGAAUAAUUUUUCAUGCA